UGUUUGUCAAAUCAGACACUUUUUAUCAACAAUUUUUUCGGAAAAACUUAAAUAAAUGUUUUAAGCAAUGACGCGGACUUGCAGAAUAUGUGGCGGCGACGACGGUCGCUACUGGAUUGAAACGCCCGUGGAGAAGUACGCCGAGAAGACCUUUGGCCAGCUGCUGCUCGAACUAACGCGCAUCGAGGUGCCCAUGGCGCAGGCGGAAAAGUUCCCACAGUGGUUGUGCAACGCGUGUGCCGAGAAGCUGGAGAGCACCUAUGAUUUCGUGCUGCAGGCGCGCCAGACGCACGAGCUGUGGGUGCAGAAACUGGGGGACGAUCAAAUGGAAGGCACCGAGGCUUUGGAAUGCCUCCGCGAGACACCCAUCCACCUGUUCGAAAUCGAGGGCGUGACCAUCAAAUCCGAGGAUCUGCCGCCCACGCAGCCAGCGGCCAAGGCCGAUCCUUUGGUGCGCACGCGUUUCGUCAAGCGGAGCAUCGUGCACUUCAGCGACUCGGACGACGACCAGGACGACGUGCCCCUGCGGCAGCGCAAGAUUACCUCCUCGCUGUGCGCCUCGGAGCCGCCGAAGCCGAAUGUCUGCGAGCUGUGCAACAAGGCCUUUCGAUAUGUCACCAAUUUGUAUCGUCACAAGCAGAGGGACCACGGCAUAUUGGGAAAAAACGGAGAAGACUAUGAAGACGACUACUACAAGUGCGACCAGUGCGAGAAGACCUACAAGUACGUGAUGGCACUGGUUAAGCACAAGCACAGCGAGCAUGGAGCCAGUCUGCUGCCCUCCAAGACUUCCCGGCGAAAGUUACCCGGCAGGCCGUCGACUUUGCCGGAGGAUGGCAGUCCAUCCAGUCCAGCCUCCACCUCGGGAACCUCCACGCAUCGCAGCAGGACCAACAACGACACCCUGGUGCACAGCAUCAUCAAGGCAGUGGAACUAUCGGAUGAGGACGGCCACAGCAGCGCCGACAACUACUACAAGUGCGACCAGUGCAGCAAAUCCUACAAGUACAUAGUCAGCUUGAUCAAGCACAAGCACAAGGAGCACUCGGACAAGCAGUCCGAUAGGCAGUCGGAGACCGAGGACGAUCAGCCACUGGCCUCCACAUCCUCGGCCUCGGCACUUCCACCGGCAGCCGCCAAGCCAUCGAGGAUCAACCGAAGAGUCGACGGCUUCGACUACCAUCGCUGCGAGCCGAAUGGCGCCAAGGAAAUCAAGUGUAUGAUCUGCCUGCGCCGGUUCACCAAACUGCGUGAGCUGAGGGAUCACCUGCAGGCCCAUCCCACGGACUUUGGCUUCGAGGCGCAUGGCGAGCCGAUUGAACGCAUUGCCGAGGGAUUCUUCAAGACGGCCGUGGAGUCCACAGCGGAGGGCUUGAAGCGGCGCAUCUUUCGGGAUCUCAGGAUGGGCGUGUACGGGCGCUACUACUCCAUCACCAAUCAGGCUCGCUACGAGAUGACCCUUGACAGCUCGGAUACGGACAGCGAUGGCGAUGUCGAGUCGGAUGUCGUCAUCAGGCGCAGCUAUUCCUGCGAGCUCUGCGAUUCUCCGGAGGCCAGGUGGCCGCGCAAGUACCUGCUGCACCAGCACCACCGGAACGAGCACACCUGGCUUGAGGCGCCGCAUGUCUGCCAGCGCUGCGAUUCGCGGUUUCUCAGUGCCCAGCUUUUGGAACACCACACCAGCCAGCUGUGCCAGAACACCCUGAAGCGCUUCAUGUGCGACAAGUGUCCCCAGCGAUUCUUUUGGCGCCGCAAUCUCCGCGCCCAUCUCGUCGAGCACAAGAGCAAGCAAGAGACCUACCCGUGCGACCAAUGCUCCCGCAGUUUCCAGGACAAAAGCGCCGUGACCAAGCACAAGUUGAUGAUGCACCGCGAUGGUAAUAUGCAGCUCCUUCCCUGCCGCUGGUGCACUCGCACCUUCUACCGCCCCGCCCUGCUGUACAAACACUUGCACAGGCACGGCUUCACUGGGCAGGACCUGCCCCUGGCUGAAACUCUGCUGGCGGAUGCCUCCAAACCGGCCGGACCGAAGAGCAUCCAGUGCAAAAUGUGCGACAUUCAGUUCAUCAGCGUGGCGGACCUGCGAAGGCACAUCUCGAUGCAGGGCCACAGCGAUCAGCCAUCGGCCUACAUGAUUAGCACUGCCACUGGAUUUGAGUUGCUGCUGGAGGAUACGGAUGAGAGUGAUGAGGAAAGCACGGGAAGGUCGUACACUUGCGAUCUUUGUGAUCUGAACUUCCGGCGGCGACGGGAGAUGAGUGAGCAUCAGUACUCGCUGCACAGCUUCGACAAACUACCUCAUUCCUGCGAGCAGUGCAUUUUUAAGACAGUGGAUAAGUUCAUGCUGGAUCAGCACCUGCGCACCCAGUGCAUGAACACCGAAAAAAAGUUUGUGUGCUCGCGCUGCGGCUACAAAUUUAUGUGGGAGGAGAAUCUGACCCAGCACCUGGCCACCCAGCAUCCCAAGCAACCCACCGUUCCGGAGCAGCAGCCGCCGUUGAGGAGAAAGCGACGCUUCCGCUACCAGUGUCCCCACUGCUGGCGCUCGUUUGUCGUGCAGCCCAGUCUGGAGAAACAUAUUCGGGACAUGCAUGUGGCCAAGAAGAAUCCGGGAAAGAAGUACCUCUGCUCACUGUGCGGCCUGGAGUCUCUGACCCCUAAUAAGCUGAACAUCCAUAUGCGGCGACACAUGGGCGAGAAGCCCUUCAAGUGCGAUCUCUGCGACAUGCGCUUUACGGUCCACUACGAACUAAAGGUUCACCGCCGGAAACACACCGGCGAGAGACCCUACCAAUGCACCUUUUGCGCUAAGGACUUUGCACGACCCGAUAAAUUACGGCGGCACGUCUUUAUGCACAAUGUCAAGUCAUAGGGUAGUUAAUUUAUAUUUUAUUGGUAAAUAAAGCUUAAUAUAGAAUCCAUUA